GUGGAUAUUAAUUGGAGAGUGAAACCCUCUCUUCUCUGUGCCGCUGGAAAUGCAGGAUUUUGUCUUUUGUCUGGGAGUUUCGGCUCCUUUCCCCACUCUCUCACCUCCUUACCGGCCCCAGGAGAAAGAAAUCAAGUCCCUUAUUGCUGAAAUUGAAAAUUUAAAAAACCCUGUGAUACUAGAUUAUUCUUUGGGACUGGGCGAGAUGUUAGAGGAAAACACCAAACUCAAGUACCGUUUAAACGUUCUGAAGCGGAGUCUCCAAGAAGAGGAGGGCAAAGUAGGCUCCAGUAUGAUAAAUAUUAAUCAGCGUCUACAGAACAUUUUCAGUGCUGCCAUCAAACUUGCCUAUCCACAUUUUGAAAGCCCACCAUUAGCAGUCACACCAAGCCAGCAUGCCAGAUUUGGAGAUUACCAGUGUAACAGUGCCAUGGCAAUGUCUCAGCAAUUGAAAGCCAAAGGGGAGAAAAUUAAUCCUGUGGAAAUUGCCAAACAAAUUAUCAAUAGCAUUCCAAAAAAUGAUAUAAUUGAAAAAGUUGAUAUUGCUGGACCAGGUUUUAUCAAUGUUCACCUCAACAAAGAGUUUGUCUCCAAGCUGCUGACUGAUCUCCUUGUAAAUGGAGUUCAACCUCCCUUGGUAGGACCAAAGAGGAAGGUGGUGGUUGAUUUCUCUUCUCCGAAUAUUGCCAAAGAGAUGCAUGUGGGCCAUCUGCGAUCAACCAUCAUUGGAGACAGCAUGUGUCGCUUGUUUGAGUUUGUGGGUUAUGACGUUUUAAGGCUAAAUCAUGUUGGUGACUGGGGGACACAGUUUGGUAUGUUGAUUGCACACUUGCAGGAUAAGUUUCCAGAUUACCUGUUUGUUUCCCCCCCGAUUGGAGAUCUUCAGGCCUUCUAUAAAGAAUCCAAAAAGAGAUUUGAUGAAGAGGAAGCCUUUAAGAAGCGGGCGUAUGAGUGUGUAGUACAACUGCAGAGCCACAAUCCAGAAAUUAUUAAGGCUUGGAAUCUGAUCUGUGAUGUUUCUCGGAAGGAAUUCCAGAAAAUUUAUGACUGCCUGGAUAUAAAGCUGAUUGAAAGGGGAGAAUCAUACUAUCAAGAUAUGAUGGUUGACGUUGUUAAAUUGUUUGAGGAGAAAGGUAUGACCCAACUCGAUGAAGGCCGAAAGAUUGUUUUUCCACCAGGAUGUUCACUGCCACUGACAAUAGAAAAAUCAGAUGGAGGCUACACAUAUGACACCUCUGACUUAGCAGCUCUGCGACAGAGGAUUUUUGAUGAGAAAGCUGAUAUGAUUAUCUACGUUGUGGAUAACGGGCAGAGUGUCCAUUUUCAGACUAUAUUUGCCGCAGCCCAGAUGAUUGGCUGGUAUGAUCCCGAAAAGAUCAGAGUGGAACACGCUGGAUUUGGUGUGGUCUUAGGUGAAGAUAAAAAGAAGUUCAAGACAAGGUCAGGCGAAACUGUGCGAUUGAUCGACCUACUGAAUGAGGGUCUGAAAAGAUCAAUGGAAAAACUGUUGGCAAAGGAACGAGACAAGGUAUUGACACCUGAUGAGCUUAAGGCAGCAAAGGAAGCUGUUGCAUUUGGCUGUAUCAAAUAUGCUGACCUUUCUCAUAAUAGGACCAAUGACUAUAUCUUCUCUUUUGAUAAAAUGUUGGAUGACAGGGGAAAUACUGCAGCCUAUUUGUUGUACGCCUUCACCAGAAUCAGAUCCAUAACCCGACUGGCAAACAUUGAUGAUGUAACCUUGCAGAAAGCAGCUAGAGAAACAACCAUCCUGCUAAAUCAUGACAAAGAAUGGAAGUUGGGUAAAUGCAUUCUGCGAUUCCCAGAAAUCAUUAACAAAAUCCUGGAUGACCUAUAUCUACAUAGCCUCUGUGACUACCUCUUCGAACUGGCCACAACUUUCACAGAGUUCUAUGACAACUGUUACUGUGUAGAGAAGGAUAGGCAAACUGGUGAUGUUAUAAAAGUGAACAUGUGGAGAAUGCUGCUGUGCGAUGCCACUGCUGCUGUCAUGGCAAAGAGUUUUGCUAUCCUGGGAAUCAAACCUGUUCAGAAGAUGUAAUUUUGCUACAGUGACCAUUGCUUUCCUAAAUCUUUCUUAAAAGGUUACAGUAAAAAGCAUGUUAAUUGUAUCUCACCCCACUAUGUGCUAACAUUGAAUGAGAUGAUUUUGUGUAUUUAGUCUCACAUUUCACCUAAUCUUGCUGUAAGCAAAACUGUAGCUGUACCAGACUUUAUAUACUUUCAAACAGAACAUGUAUUUUUGUUACAUACAUGCCAUCCCCUUCUGGAUGUUGCAAGGAAAUACAGCAGGAAAGCUAACAGCAACCCUUAUGUCAAAUGAAUAGAUUUGGUCACAUUUAGCCACCACUUUUUGCUGAAAAAACAUGGGAGAGUACCACCACUUGUUUCAAGCCAAGCUACACACCUUUCAGACUUAGAACAAUAAUCAAUGGCACUAAAUCAAAAUCCUGAAAUUCUAGAUGUGGGUAUAGGGAUACCAAGUUGACAAUACUUAUUGAAGAAGGCAGUUCACCAACACUACCACUUCAAGGUCAUUGCUAACCUGAUCAGUGCAACCCAAAAGGUCAUGAAGGAAUUAACAUGGAACAAGUUGGAGAUCCAAAACAAAAGCUGGCAAAACUCGGCUUUCUUGGCACAGAUGCUACCAAACCUGUGUUAACAUCUCAAUUCUGAUGAGUGAUUUCUCAUUAGAAGUGUGAAUAGUGUAUUUGUUCAGUUUGUAAACAAUUCUAGAAGUGAUCUCAACUGUUGUAUAACCCUGAUUCCAAUUUCGAUUAAAAAUCCAAUUCCAUCUUGAAA